AUGGUGAUUCGUUCAUUGUUGAUAUCAGCUCUGUUGUUGGCUUGCAAGGCGCCAUGGCGAACGGCAGCAUGGGAUCCCACUUGGGAAUCUCUGGAUUCUAGGCCACUUCCCGCUUGGUACGAUGAAGCCAAGUUUGGUAUCUUUAUUCACUGGGGAGUCUUCUCGGUCCCGGCUUUUGAUACAGCAGAAUGGUUCUGGUGGGUUUGGAAGGGCGGAUACGAUGGACCUGUCAAGCCCAGCUUUCAAAAGUUUGUGGAAGAAAGUGAAGUCAAAAACUUUGCCUAUCAGGAUUAUGCCCAUCGCUUCACGGCACAGCUCUGGAAUCCAGAUGAAUGGGCCAAAAUCUUCAAACGCGCAGGGGCACAGUACGUGGUACUCACCAGCAAACAUCAUGAAGGAUUCUGCAAUUGGGAUUCGCGCAAUCUACAUCAUACUUGGAAUUGGAAUGCCAUGGAUGUGGGACCACGACGAGAUCUUGUCGGAGAUCUGGCCAAGGCCGUCAAGAACACCACCAGUGCGCACACCAACCAAAAGCUGCAUUUUGGACUCUAUCAUUCCUUGUUUGAAUGGUUCAAUCCAUUGUAUAUCGAAGACAUGAAAAACAACUUUACCACCCAUAACUUUGCAAAGCACAAGCUUUUGUACUUUGCCUGA